AGUGUUUAGACGAACAUCGACCCGAAAGAAACGUUCGUUAUCCGAUAUGUGUAAAAUAAACGUUUUUCUUCCAAUUUUAUUAACAUUCUUUACGUUUUCCACCGGAAUAUUUGAUUUUUUAUUCCCUAAAUGUGUAUGCAUAAACUACAACGCCAUCUCUCGUUAAAUCAUCUAGGUUGUGGGACAACCCGGGAAAAUCGAAUUUUGGGUGGUCAACCAAAUCAAAAUGAAUUUCCAUGGAUUGCGCAAUUAAUAGCGCCACAAAAAAUUAUUUCGGGGACAUUAAUAAACGAUAAAUACAUAAUAACAUCGGCUAGUUUAGUUAUAGGAUUAACGCCUUAUGAUGUAAAAGUAACUCUCGGUUUUUUCGAUCGGUGCACUCCGGAAUCCCACACAACAAAUUUUAGCGUUACUUCUAUCAUUAUUCAUCGAGAUUUUAGCACAACCAACAAAAUAAACGAUUUAUCACUCGUAAAAUUGAACACCGAUGUGAAAUUAGAUAAUUAUCCAACAGUUUGUCUUACUAGUAAAUUCGAAAAUUUUGAUGGAAUUGGAAUUGUUUUGGGAUGGAAUAAUAACGGUAAUACAAACGGAUUAGGUUAUUGUAAAAGAUUAAAAUUAAAAUUGCCGAUUUUAACGUUUUUUGAAUGUUUUUCAACGACAAAACGCGAAUAUUUCACGUCGGAUAAAGGUUGUGUUGGUAUUAUUGGAGCGAUUAGUGGUGUUUGCAAGAAUGAUGCUGGAGGUGGUGUUGUGGUAAAAAAUAAACAUGGAUCUUAUGAGUUGUUGGGGGUUUUAUCGGAUGAAAAUGUUUGUGGAAACCCACCAAGUACAGCUUUGUACACAAAAAUAUCUUCACAUUUAAAUUGGAUAAAAGAAAACACGAACGAUGCUUGUUAUUGUACUAAUUGAGUUUAUUUGUAUGAAUAAAAAAUAAAUCUUGCAAAUUGCUACUUCUAAUUUACUACGCAAUACAAUAAUUAUUCAUGAAUUUAACUAAAAUCAUAAUAUUCUAUCUUUGUACAUGAAAUUCUAGCUAAUUUAACAAUCAGUACAGCGUUAAUUGUAGCAACACUGUUUACUUUUAUCAUAAUUAUUAUUAAACUUUUUUAUCUUAAAAAUACAACAAGUAUUAUUGAUUUCUGC